AUGUCUUCAGCCAGAGAUAGGAUGCGCCUGGGUCUCAACCCUCUCACGACGUCCUUGGGCUCGUACAACCCUCAUCACCCCGGCGAGCCCAUCUCGGCUAUCUCCAUGGCGUCCUCCCACUUACCGUCCGCGCAGACGCCUGGCAGUGCUCUCCAGCCAUACAAUCCUCAGGAAUGGGUAGCCUCGCCGGCCCAGGUGGCGGACCGGCAGGGUCACUAUGCUGGUGAUGCUCAAGGUGGCCUUCCGCCGCCGCCGCCACCUUACAGUCCGCCCAGGAGUCAACAACCGAGGCCAAUGAGCAGCGUCAUGGACCAGGCUCCUGUUCUGACUUCGACACCACCACCGCCGAGAAUACCUGCGCAGAACGUGCAUCGCCCGUCCUCCGAUCCACCAGCGAACCAGUCCUUCCCACCGCCGCCUGGCGCUGGGGGCCGAGGUCCCUCGCGAGAACGCAGAUUUGGACUGCCGGCCUUUGGAAGAAGGAGUCGCGACUCUGACCAACAGAUGCCUGUAACGCCUGAGCCACCUAGCCUGAUGCCCACUAUAAGGCAGAGCAUCGGGCCUGGUCCUUCGGUCUUCACGCCUGAAGCUAUGAGGCCGCUUUCAACUGCGUCCAACUUCUCGCAAAGCGGCCCUCCUGCUGCAAGGAGGGCUGUCUCCGCAGGGGCGGUCGAGACACCAACGUCAGCGCGAUCACGGUCUGGCUCGCAUCAUGGGCUUGACCCUGGCAUAGCGAUCCCUCCGCCGCCACCAGGACCGCCGCCCUCGAGCUCGCGGUCACAGAGUGUCCAGGGCCUGGACAGAGGGAAUGUUCCGAUCAUCUCACCCCCAACCCGCCGACCACGGAUUUCUGCUGUGCCUACAUUAGGCCCAGUGCCACCCACACCGGCUGGCUGGGUGGACGAACCAGCACAAGCCGACCAGGCCUCCAGCGGCCAGGGUAUACUGACUAUAGAUGUCGAGACCGCUCAGCACGCUGAAAAUAUCCCAGAACCGCUUGGGUCCUCGAACAGUGCCAGUGGCCUCAAUCGAGCGAGGGCAGUCCGACAUGACAAGACCAUAUUACAGAGGAGAGCCGAGAGUCGGACUCGGCAGGGCGGGCGAGGAUCCAUCGAUGAGAGAAUGCGGCCCGGCGGUAUUGCUGAUAUAUUUGUCCCCGCCUCUUCUCCAGCGGCUUCUACUCGACCCCCGAAGGCAACACCCAGGAGUGCUAGCGGCUCACGAUGUGAGAAUCCGCAGACGGGCGAGUCCAGCGCAAUGGCAGACUCGCGCAACUCUACGCCCCGCGUUGUCGGCAACUCGAGGCAUGUUCAGUCACUUGAGGCGGGAACGCCGCCCUUCUCUCCAUUUCCAGCCAAGUUAGCACACAGGUCAUCAGCUUUGGGACCCAUCGCUCCCAAGUCGCUGCCGACACCACCCCCUCAGAUCCGGUCGGCCUCCAGCCACAAUCCGCGAGAAGGCUCACGACCGCCUCCAUUCGUCCAGACACCCGUGUCGAAACACCUUGUGGUCACACAGAGCGCAGAGCAAUUUGCAACAGGCACAAUCGAGCGCUUCCAAACAUUCGCCGCUGCCGAGGCCUGUGCUGCCACCGACAUCGACAGGGUUCGCCUAUUUGCUGCAUUUAUGGUCAGUGAAUCGCGGAUACGCAGAGAGCGAUAUGCCACUUCCAUAGGUGCCAUGGGCUCCGAAAUAUUCGACUUGACCAGAGAUCUGUUUCGCCCCAUGGUAACGACCCGGCGUUCCUCUGCGCCAUCUCAAGAGGGAUGGACCCCAGAAGCUUCAGAGCCAGAAUAUCAACAGAACGGAUCCUGGAGCUCUACGCCUGCUGAGGCUGGACCAAGCUCAGCACCGGGCUCUGCACGGCUGCCACCGUCACCGAGCGGAGGUCAAAAUGCGGCUGCCACCACAUCCAACUUCAUGCCAUCGCUGUCGCCGAUUCUGAGCAUGAGUGUGAGUGACAGAUAUGGCGACGGAAGCUCCCGGGGUCGACCGUCCAGCCGAUGGUGGGAGGUCGAUUCACAAGGCGACCCGUCUAGACGUUUCGAGCGGUCCAAACGCGAGUCCAAGUACAUGGGUGUGCCCAAGGAUCAAUGGGCAGAAGCUGAUCCAGUCCACAAUUUGCAUGGAGCGCAUAGCGAACAAGGCUCGUCCACCGAAUACCCGCCCGAAAAGGUCGGCUGGCACGAACCUGAGGACGCAGCGAGUACGCCCCAGCCAGCUCGCUUCUUCCAAAACACCGCGGGCUCGACUCCUUCACCAGCGCCUGGCAAUCGAAAAUCCGUCGACGUCUCUCGACUGGUGACGCUGCCACCACCAUACCCACGGCAUCACCCUGCCGUGAACAACAAUCAUCCGGAGCUGGCAUCCAUCCGUGGCUCGGUCAGAACGCUGAGCGAUUUAAAUGAAAUCGAUGAAAUCAAGCAGAGGUUUAAAAAGGCCAGCACCAAGAGACGGAAUGAUCUGGAAGGUCAACUGUCAGAACAACGCCAAGCUCUGCGAGCCAACCUGCAGCAAGAAAUCAAUGCCGGCAACCUGGGCUACACCGAUGCAGGUGCUAUAGAAGCUGACGCGCAGGCCCAAGAGAGCGUGAAGAAGAGGGACUUGGAGAAGCAGGAGUACGAGGCAUUUCAGACAGAGGUAGUGGUGCCGGUCAACGAGCUUUUGACAGGUCGGAUCGACACAGCGACAGCACUGCAUAACGAUCUUGCCCGCCGACUAUUCGCUAAUGGGCAAAACGACGUGGAUAUGCCGCAGGAAGAAGGCGACGAUCAGCCAGAACUUCUUGAAAAGCUGACUCUCCUGAAGUGGAUCUUUGAGGCGCGGGAGUCGCUUCAUCGAGCAAUCUAUGACAUCCUAUCAGAUCGCAAUGCGAGGUUCCGCGAUGUAAUCACCAACCCGUAUCGACUGUCGGGCAACACGGAGAAACUGAGGAAUGCCGAGGCCUUCUUCAACGAGGACAACGCCAAGAGAGAAUACGAUUACGCGAAUGAGGUGCUGGAUCGAGCUCGAGAGUUUCGGUCCGUGGUGGACGAUGCUGUGCAGCGUGGUGUGGCACUCCAGUCAUCAGCCUUUUGGGAUAUCGCGCCUACUCUGUGCAAUCUUCUGGACAGUAUUCCGCCGACUUUGGAAGGGUUCAACAUCCAAAUUCCUCCAGCCGAGUAUACGGAGAAUCCCUCCUACAAGGACCACCCCAUGCAGUACCUCUUGACCCUGAUCCACCACACAGAGAAGAGCACAUACCAGUUCAUUGAGGCACACACCAAUCUUCUGUGUCUACUGCACGAGGCUAGGGAGGCCGUCGUCAAUGCCAAAGCAAGGGUCCUGGCCACGCAGACCGAGGACCAUCAAGGCAAGCCUGUGGCUGCCGAAGAGCGCGAGACUCGAGCCCGGGUCAUGAAGCAUGGCGAGGAUCUUCGCCUCACUGAAGACCUGAAAGAGAAGGUACGCGUGGUGGAAGAUCAGUGGAAGAACGCCUUGGCCGAGAGCAUCGGCAAUGUGAAGGAACGGAUCGGGGAAUGGCUCCUCGAGACGGGCGGUUGGGACGAGACUCUGAUCGAGGACGACAGUCUUAGUUUCGAGCGGGAAGGCACAAAUGUUUGA